UAUGUGAACUAUGGGAUAUAUAUGGGGUUCCUGCAUGAAUUGGUCAUAAAAUGUGAUCUCCUCUUCAUCGAGGUUGGAAUUAGACCCAACUCACGGCAUCAUAAGUCAAUGAGGCACCAGCACCGUUUUAGACACGCCCCCCCUUUUAAACUUCUAAUGUAGGUCAGUGUUUUGGCCUCGUGGCCUUGAUGGCUCACCACAGGUAAAAGAGCAGGUAAGAGCGUUUGAGUGGUUACUAUGUAACUGUGGCCAAGUGUUGCAGAAGGGAGUGUGUGUUUGUAUACGUGGGGGGGUUCUGAGGGGGGCGUAAUUAGGGUGUCGCAUGUCACCAACGGAAAAGAAGAGUUAAUGAUGCACUAGCGGCUCAGCAGGAAGCAGCACCAACGCUUUCUCUCGUCUCUCCACAGCAACCAACCGGGGGGUCCCAGUAUGGGGUUCGCUUACCGAUGCCAGGCGCUGCAAUAAACGAGAAAGGAGGCGGCGGAGGCGGAGGGGGCGCAGGCCUGGCCUUGUUGGCGACCCCAUGCAAGGACCUGCUGAGAAGCUUCCCCCACACCAAGCGGGUGGGCUCCUACCUGGUAGGCAAGAUGAUCAACAAGGGCUCCUUCGCCAAGGUGAUGGAGGGCCUCCACAUCACCACCGGAGAGAAGGUGGCCAUCAAGGUGAUCAACAAGAAGAAAGCAUGUCAGGACUCUUAUGUGCAAAAGAACAUGAAGAGAGAACCUCGCAUCCACCAGCUGAUACGGCACCCGAACGUCGUCGUCCUGCUGGAGACCAUGGAGACGGAGAACAGCUACUACAUGGUGCUGGAGUUGUGUGGCGGCGGCGACCUGAUGGAGCGCAUCUGCGACAAGAAGCGUCUGCCGGAGAAGGAGGUGCGGCGAUACACACGGCAGAUCCUGGCGGCGGUGGCACACCUCCACCAGCAUGGCGUCGUGCACAGAGAUUUGAAGAUUGAGAACUUCCUGCUGGACCAGCACAACAACAUCAAGAUUGUGGACUUCGGCCUGAGCAACACGGUGAAGUCAGAAUCUUUGCCUCUGGAGCUGCUCAGCACUCAGUGCGGAAGCCCCGCCUACGCCGCCCCUGAGCUCCUCGCCCACAGGAAAUACGGACCCAAAGUGGACGUGUGGUCUGUGUAA